AUGACCAUCUCCACAGCAGCAGCAUCUUCACUGUCCACGUCAUUCCAAGCGCCGCCACAGCGAGCGCACGCCAGCCUUCGCACAGGUGGGGCUGCCCAGCAAGCUGUAUCCUUUGACCCACCAUUGUGGCUUCAAAGGCAGGAAUGGCUGCUCACGACGCUGCGCAACAACAAUGCCAAGACUAUCCUCGACAUUGGCUGUGGGGAGGGGAAAGUUCUUGCUGCCCUGGCAAGACCUCCGCUUCAUGUCGACGGUUUCCCGCUCGAGAGGUUCCCCAAUCUCGCUGAACAAGCAGCUUCCUCCACGGCUGCCAUGGGCUCUUUACGCAUAAGCAACGAGGUGCAGCCAACAGCAGAGGGCAAGUAUCUGGAAUCUCCCAGACUCCCUUCCAAUCAUUGGAUCUUUCGAGCGCCAGAGCUGUCACCGAGCAAGCUCACAGGCUUGGACAUGUCGGAGGAGGACUUGGGCGAUGCCAAAGCAACAAUCGAGAACGUCAUCAUGCAGGUGGAGAACAGCUCCGAGGAGGUCCGCUGGGAUCCGAUCUGCGUAUCAUUGCUCAAAGGCAACCUCGCGCAGUACAAUGAAGCGCUCAAACGCUACGAUGCCAUCAUUGCAACAGAAGUUAUCGAGCACCUCGACGAAGCCAUCCUGCACGCAUUCGCACCCUCAGUGCUCGGCCGUCUCCAGCCGGCCCUGUGCUUGAUUACCACACCCAACUACUCCUUCCAUGUGCACUUCAACCGUGACCCCGCAAAGGAAGGGGAACCUGGGUUCCUUGAUCCGACAGGCAAGACUGCGCGACGCUUCCGUCAUUCCGACCACAAGUUCGAAUGGACGACAUCAGAAUUCCGGCAGUGGUGCAACCGGGUGGCGCAAGAAUAUGGCUACGAUGUCGAAGUAAGCGGCGUAGGGCAGGCAAUCUAUCCUGCGGGCGUCAAAGCAGAGGAGAGGGCACGGGCCAAGGAUGCAAGCGACGAAAUCGGGGUGGAUAUCAAUUCCGAUGACGAGGACUCGAUCAAAUUUGCAAGUCAAGUUGCGCUCUUCAAGCGCAAGCAGCGCAACCGCUCGCCCAAGGUAGACGCUGCUGGCCAUGAGGAUGAAGGGUCUUCAGCCUCGCUCAGCAAAGACAUGAGCGCCUCUACUUCUGAGAGCGAGAGUUCAGCCUCCAGUCGUCGGCCAUCUCUCCGAGGUGGGCGCAGGAGGGCCAGAUCACGGCAGCCCGAGCAUCUGCCAUUCCUCAGCGACAUGUCACGCACGCCGGAUGCAGUGCACCAGGCGAUCUUCGAAAGUAGCGACACGAGCCCACUCGAGUCAUCCAUAUCGACGUUGCACUCUUCCACCAGCGAGACCAGCCCCGGGCGCGAUGCCGAUCUGUCGAGCUCAGUGGCCAGCCUGAGGAAAGAUGGCUCCCCUUGCAGCGUGCAUCAGCUCAUCUACGAACGUCACUUGCCUGGCUAUUUGGACGGAGAUUGGUCCACGAGACAUCGAGCCGGCGAAGACCCCCGAGCCGGCGGUGCAGUCACUGCGUCUCCUGCAGGCGCAUUCGACAAGUGCGCAGAGAACAUCAAAGAGGAAGUGCUCGACCAGAUGGAUGCGCUGGCGUCACCAUUGAUAGCAGGCGAUCAGAAGUUCAUUGCUGCACGCCUGUGGGACAUUUGGAUCGACACUCGAGUGCGCCUUGCAUGCGAAGGACGCUUGAACGCACUCGUGGAAGCACUGCAGCUGCGUUCUGCGCCUUCGUCCGCGUUCGACACGCUUGGUGGCAUUGGCACGAUCGUCGGCACAUCACCGAACGGCGAUUGGACACUAAGAAUCGCCACAGAGGCAGCGAUACGCAGCGCAUCAGCGGCGGGCGCUGCAGGCGCCAAUGACCUCUGGCUGUUCCACAAGGGCGCGCAGCUGGGCGACUGGGAAUUGGCGCCUCCCAGUGACAUGCACGCAGGACCUGCAGAGGCCGUGCCUGUCUCGCGUGCAACUGGGUCACGCGAGUCAGCCACUAGUUGGGAGUGA